CAGAAGAGGGCGAAAACGAGCCGGCAGAAAAGCGUUUUCAGGUGAUACAUAAUCAAUGGGAUCACGUGAAAACUCCAUACACAAUCGCUAUCUGGAUCCUGAUUGCGAGUGGAGCAAGAAUUUUCUUCGUUCUCAGCAAGCCAUGUACAAGAUUUUUACCGGAUUCUUCAUUACUUAUCGUUGUUGGAUUAGGACUCGGAGCUUUACUAAAAUAUGGCGGCGCAUCCGUUGAUGUCUAUACCCUAACCAGCCAUGCUUUCUUCAUCUACCUACUCCCACCAAUUAUUUUUGACGCUGGGUAUUUUAUGCCGAACCGUGCCCUUUUCGAGAAUAUCGAUUCCGUGCUGCUAUUCGCUGUUGCGGGCACGAUCUGGAAUUGCGCUGCGAUCGGUCUCUCCCUCUACGCGCUUUCGCUUUGGAAUUGGUUUACGGUCUCAUUUUCCCUUCUCGACAUUCUGUUAUUUUCGUCGUUAAUCUCUGCCGUCGAUCCGGUGGCCGUGAUUGCGAUUUUCGAGGAGAUUAACGUGAAUGCUUUCCUGUUCGUCAACGUCUUCGGCGAGGCGCUUUUCAACGACGGCGUGACUGUGGUGCUCUACAAUCUGUUCAACUCUUUCCAGGCGCUUGGAGCUGAGAAUUUGAUUACACGCGACUACCCUAGCCGGCGGGCUCUCGUUUUCGUGGUGGCAAUCGGUGGGAUAAUCGUGGGUGUCGUUUUCGCAUUUCUGGCGAGCUUCGUCACAAAGUAUUCCGAAGAGCUUCGCGCGAUGGCGACAGUAUUUGUCUUCGUCGUGCCAUACGUCUCGUAUCUAACGGCGGAAUG